AUGGUGGAUCCUCCAAGUCACCUCUGCAUCGUUUCAUAAUUGGCAUCGAUCCCCGGCCAUGCCCCCCACAAUUUACACUAGCCACGCAUAUAUAAUACUUGGCUCUGCCUCAAAGUUGUUCCCGCCUACCUGGCUAACGUCCCUGCCAGUGGCCUUCCCUGACACUGAUGACCCCUUCGGGUGCCAGUGUUUCUGCACUGAGUACAUGGUUCUUGUUGACCCUUGCGCCCGUUAUCGGUGCCUCCAGAUCCCCAGGUUCGGUGCAAUCAAGUAGCUCGCCUUUCUCGUUCGGCGAACGCCUGGGUCUCGUUUUCAUUGCUGAAGCUUCUGCAUGCUCAUGCCUCGCCGUGACAUGUUUGCUCCUAUAUUUCGCUGUGCGCAAAAACCCCUCAUUCUUUUCUCCCUCAGUCACAAUAUUACCUUUGCGCAGUUCAAUGUCAUCCACAAUCGUCGCUCGGUGCAAUCAACACGUCCGAAGCUAAUUAACACCCAUGUCGAUAUCUACUUUCUGAACCUGCUCGCAUUUGACGUUCUCCAGUCAAUUGGUGAGUUAGUAUAACGCAAGCUUUCAGGCGUUAUAAUCGAUGUCUGG